UUUUGAUGGUGGCCUAACGCUCUCCUCAUCUCACAUAAUGCAUGCAUACACACGCUGUACACCUGGAACAUUUUCACUCAUCCAUUUAUUAAUAACACAUGAGCAUUAAUGCUUUAUGGGCUGCUCGGUGGGCGUCUGGCCACAAAUGGGUUUACACCUCUAUCGAGUGUUUUUCUUGUAUAUUUAUGUAGUAGUGAUAAAAAACCACUGCUGUUCUAAAUGACUUACUAAACAGGUUUUGUCACUUUUUAAAAAUGUUAAUGUUAAUGAUCCCUUUUUAAUUGAAGUUCAGUGUAGUGUUUUGUUACACUGUGCUUUCAGUCAUUUAAAGUGAUAGUAAUUGAAAUUCUGUAAUGAUUUCCUCGAUUUGUUCUUAAACUGUAUUUGCUUUCUUCUGUAAAACACAAAAAAGAUGUUUUUGUCAGAAAGCGAAAAAUUGUGUGAACAGUCCCUAUAACAAGCAAAACCAGUUGCACUAAAGCCGCGAUGACAAUUAAUUGCUUACCACACAGCCAAGGCUACUCAGUUUGAGCAUUUUUUUUCUUUUCCCCUCUGGCUGCCUCCUCCAUUUUCUCUCCCUGCUCUGAAAUGGCUGUGAAAUUUCCCACUUGGGCGAGACUGUCGUCUGUUUUGGCUUAAUGUAGGAAAUUGACUCAUUUUGUGGCAUUGAUUUCCUCUCUGCUACAUAGAGGAGAUCGCUGGCAGAGCAAACCUGAGAGCGGUCGAUAGCCCUUCAGAGGGCCGGAUAUGUGAGAGUGAGAGAGAGAGUGCUCGUGUGUCAUUGUUUGUUUCCCCCAUUUUAAUUCUCAAACCUUCGUCUGUAUAACUACAGCAGUAAUCUACUAUGGUGGCCUUUUACUUUCAUCCAUAGGUGUUCUUGGUGUAGCUGUGACAUGAUUUAUUUUGUCUGUCAGUGGCAGUCUGGCUUCACUAGAAUUCAGAGGCCACUAGUUCAAUGCCACUGAAGCGUCUUCUUUGAUUUACUGAACUCCAAAUACAAGCCCAGGCCAAGUAUUUUAGUGUGUGGGUUGUGAGUGGUCUUAUUAUGACAGAGUCAUAUUUUCUAUCUAUACAGUGCAAGUAAUGGUAACGUUACCAACCUCUGAGUUCAGCAGAAGAAUGUGUGUCAUGCAGGUUUGGAUAAAUGUAAGGAUGAAUAAAUGACGACAGAAUUUUCUGUUUUGCUUGAAUCGUCCAUUUAAUUGAUGUGCAUCUAAUAAGACUGGGUUCAAUAGAUCACUGCUUAUCCUUUCCAUGCACACUUCCACAGUAAGCAUCACUUAGCCUGUAUACAGGAAAGUUGGUCUCUACAGCCUCUGUUCUGUGAACUCAUUAGCAGGUAAGCAUCUUUCUGUGAUUCUAAGGUAAUUAAAAUCAAUAAAACAACACGUAAAGUUGGUGUUAUCAAGUUCACCUGCACUAGUGCUUGUUUUGGGUCAAUAUCAGGUGAAAAUGUGUGUUGGAAGAGAGAGAAAUCUUUCCUCCCUAUUAUUAGUUGGGUGUAAUACACUUACUGACCAGGUGGUGUCAACACUGUAUUUCCUUAAUUUUUACCCACCAAAUUGCCUUGUAUUUUAUUAUAUUCCCUAACAGUUCCCCUAUAAAAAAAAACUAACAUGUACCAUCACAGUAAAACUUAGUCAUUUAUACAAAGUAAUGCUAAAUUGUAUAUAUGCUAUAAACUCUAUCUUAACAUUAAAAAAAAUGAUUUGUAUAUACCAUUGUAUAACGUUUCAAAACAGAAGCGCAUAAUCCUGUAGGUUGGUGUGCUAGAGGAAUGUAACACGGUCCUGUUAGAGGACAGCAGUGUUUACUCUCGGACAGUUCAGCUCUGCUCACAAAAUUACUCAGACAUACAGAAUAUCGCCCUGGACUAACAAACUAGAGAGAAGAGCUACAGAACAAGUUUAAUUUAGCGCUUGCUAAUAUUAAAGAAAAUUAAAAGAGCUACAUCCACCUUAGAGGGGAAAAUGACCUUCACGCUGCUUGAUGGAUUAUAACAGCAAGCAUUCUGUGUUAAUUUGGCUUGGUUCAAGUUGAACGUCAAGAUAAGGACUCACCAAAAGGUUAAUCAACAGACAGGCAAUUUAGUUGCAAUUAUGGAUGCGCUGGUGCUUUGCUUCUGCUUGGCCCUAGGACUAAUUCAUACUACGGAAGAAAAGGUUCUCAGACGGGGCAGAGUUCCCCCACAUAUUGUUUUUGUAAUGGUAGAUGACCAAGGCUUCAAUGACAUUGGGUACCAUGGCUCAGAGAUCCAUACACCCGUGUUGGACAAGCUGGCUGGCGAAGGGGUGAAGCUGGAAAACUAUUAUGUUCAGCCCAUCUGUUCCCCUUCACGGAGCCAGCUUAUGACUGGACGGUAUCAGAUUCACACUGGGCUUCAACAUUCGAUCAUCCGUGCACGGCAGCCCCUCUGCUUGCCCCCCGACAUACCGACGCUCCCAGAGAGGCUCCAGCAGGCUGGUUACAGCACUCACAUGGUAGGGAAAUGGCACCUGGGUUUUUGCCGUCCCGAGUGUCUGCCAACGAGCCGUGGCUUUCAAAGCUUCCUUGGAUCGCUGACGGGCAGCGGAGACCAUUUCAGCUUCCAAAGUUGUGACGGUACAGAGGCCUGUGGGUUCGACCUGCAUGAUGGAGAACGGCCGGCCUGGGAGCUGAGCGGGAAUUACUCAACAAGGCUUUACACUGAGAGAGUGAAAGAAAUCCUGAGAGGUCAUGACCAGCGGAUGCCCUUGUUUCUAUACGUGGCCCUCCAGGCCGUGCACACACCAUUACAAGCUCCUGGGCAUCUUCUUAGACACUACCAGACCCUUGGCAACAGACCUCGGCGCCACUAUGCCGCAAUGGUGAGCGGCGUAGACGAGUCAGUAGGGGAUAUUAUCAGUGAGCUACGGGAGCGAGGCUACUACAACAACUCUGUGCUCAUCUACUCUUCAGACAACGGGGGCCAACCUCUCUCGGGGGGUUGUAAUUGGCCCCUGCGUGGUGGCAAAGGCUCCUACUGGGAAGGUGGAGUUCGAGCAGUUGGUUUUGUACACAGCCCACUUUUGAAAAGGAAGGGGGUGGUGAGUCAGGCUUUGAUUCACGUCUCAGAUUGGUACCCAACCCUGCUGUCUCUUGCAGGAUACAGAGAAUCUGAUUCCAGCCAACUGGAUGGCCAAGAUGUUUGGGGUGCAAUAAGUAGUGGCCUGCCCUGUCCACGAACUGAAAUCCUCUUCAAUAUUGACCCAGUUUCACGCAAGCAUGGAGAAGCCGAUCCGAGACUCCUAAACCUUAAUGGUUUUGGGAUCUGGGAUACUGGAGUGCGUGCAGCCAUUCGAGCUGGCGACUGGAAACUUCUGACGGGAAACGUAGGCGACGGAGACUGGUUUCCUCCGCAGACUAUGCCGGGAGGUCCGCAGCAGUGGCAGGGCAUGGAAAAGAGACGUGACCAGCGAGGGAAGUCUGUUUGGCUUUUCAACGUCACUGCUGAUCCCUAUGAGAGGGUGGAUUUGGCAGAGGCAAGGCCUGAAGUGGUCAAGGUGCUGUUGACCCGACUUGCCGAGUACAACAGGACUGCUGUGCCUCCACGCAAUCCACCUGACGACCCGAUGGCUGACCCGCAACUUCAUGGAGGGGUGUGGACUCCCUGGUUGGGUCACGAAGAGAUAGGAGAUGAAGGGGAUGAAGAAGAACCAGACAACACCAACAGAAAGGCCAGAUUUAAGAGUUCCUGCAGAGUAUGUAAACUUAAGGCCUUGUUCAAAAAGGUUGGUACCCGUAUGCAAAGGGCUGCAAUGUUCUUAUAGACAGAAAAGGACAAUUUGUGACACUCUGACACAGUGUGAAAAUAUAUGCAAUGAGAUAGAAAUGUUUAUGCCCUUCCUGCAUUAUUAGACAACACUUACCAUUCAUGACUGUAUUUGACAACUUCCCGUCUUCAUGAUGCAAUGGAUUUAGCGGAACCAUUCAGAUCACCUACCGUUAAUGGAACCCAGAGCAGAGCAGUCUGGAUUUGAUCACAUGUGAUUCAACGAGCACUUAAUGUAGAUAUUGCUGGAUCUUUAUUAGAUGAUCCAGUUAUUUGAAUACAGAAAAUGAUGUAAGUAGUGGCAUUGAUUUGAUACUUAAUAAUACAGCACUUAUUAUAUAUAUAUAUUGUUCUUCACUUGUUCUUGGACCAGUGUUCUCAUAUCCACCCCCUGGUUCACUUUCUCUCAUCUAUCUGUUCUUUUUCUGACAUGCCUCUGCCUUGCACUCCUCCUCACGCCUCUCUCAUUCUCCUACCUUUUGCUUUAAUGCUUGUGCUCUAUCCAAAUCUGCUCUGACAUUGCCCACCACAACCAGAAUAACACGCGAUUCUUCAUUGUUUCUGCGUUUUCUCCUCCACCUGUUUCUCGUCCUCUCGCAUUCCUUCUCAGUUUGAGUAGAUCGGGUCAGUGCAGAUGUAAAAGCCAGUAAAAGCGAUAAAGUAAGUUCUUUUAUGUAAAACGAGGGCUAUUUGAAGAGGAGGAAGAUCACUCUUGGGUAUGAAGGCUGUGUGCCUUUAUACGAGACAUUCUUGGCCUGUUCAUCUCCCUGGUUUCAAGAUGCAUUUCACAAGACAUGAUGAAAUGCGCUCUGUAUUCAAUGCAAUGUGUAUUCCAAAAUAGAAUUUUAUAAAUAUUUGAAUAUUAAAAUUUUACUUCUACGUAUAUGUAAAUGGAUUUACUGUAAUGUAAUCGUAUUGUUUGACACAGUGUCUUCUGUCAGCAUUCCUGCUUUUGAUUUGUUUACAAUAACAUAGUCCUAUAAAAAAUGUUCAGUCACAACUAACCUCUUAUCAAGCGGCAAAGAAGUGAUGUGCAUUAAAUGUAUUUAUAUGAAGUUAUUAAACGAGGAGAAUGUUUCCUAUAAUUUGUGUUGGAAGAUAAGGAAUCUAGAGCGAGGUAAAAGUCAAUACACAGUUAAAAGAUAAUGUUAGUACAUAGUUGAGAUAAUGAAAAACAGAUGUUUACCUUAAGAGCUACGGAGCAAGAGUUACGGUGUACUUAUUGUUGGAGAAAGAUUCAUUAAAGCGUGGUUCAAACUGACUAAUCUGCUCCUAUUUUCCAGUGGUUUUCUAUUGCUGAAUAAUACGUUCUUUUAAAUGUUAAAGGAUUAGUUGGCCCGAGAAUAAAAAACAUUUACUCGCCCUCAUGUUAAAAAACCUGUAUGACUGUCUUCUGUGGGACAUAAAAAAGAAUUUUAUCUCGUGUUCAGAAGUAGUAGUUAUAAAUCCGGUUUAGAACGACAUCAGGGUGAGUAAAUAAAGACCAUGUUUUUAUUUUGGGGUGAACUAUCCGUUUAAGUUCUGAUUACAUUUGCUCUAAGCUUGUGAAAUUACUUAACUAUUUCAGACUUCUAUUUUGGAAACACAAAGUCUAGUGUGGACACACCUUUACAAUCUUUGAUGUAAAUCUCGUGUAUACUUAUCUGAAGUCGUAGUCCAGAGGGCAUUGUUCUCUUCCUGUUAUUAUUUGCGAAGAAAAGUCUUAUAUACCUUAUUACAAUGUAACUGUUAUUCCUUCUUAGGAGCGCAAGUGUUAUAAUUUCACCAAUACAACAAAAACACUUCCUCCUCCUGUUUAUCUCUGAAAACAACUCAAAACAGCAUCAACCCACUUUGGAAAGACUUCAACUGUGGUAAGAAUGCACAAUGGGCUGGCCUAGAGAAAGAGAGCGAUCUGACUAACUCCCUCACUCUGUGUAUGAGUCAUCCUGAACACAUGCUGAGUUUGGCAUCUCUUAAAGGUGCUGUGAGCGAUUUGUUUAUGAAAUACCACGCAUAAAAUGUCCUUACUACCUGACAGAUACAGGCAUUCAGGUUAAAAAAAGAGACUAGGGCUCCAAAAUGCCAAACGUUGAGGGGCCAAAUGAUGUUUUUGUUGCCAAAGUGCAGAUGGUUGCUCCGAACGCUGUUGUCCAUGCUAACAUCAUCUAUUGCAGAAGUGGAGAAACUACACCAGCCGAAUAUGGAACAGUUUUAGGAGGCUCUGGAGUACUAGUGUGUGUGUGUAGGAACUCAAUACAUUUGAGAUAAUUUUUCGUUAAAUUUAAACCACAAGUUAUAAGAUCAGAACUGUAUUUGUGGCACAUAAAUGUGAUUGUGUUUUAUUAGCAUACUCAUGCCUAUUAGAAUUAAAAGUUAAAUGCUGCAUUGUUUGUUUCCAAUAUGUCAUACGCACUUUACUGGACAAUACAUUGGGUUUUUUGUAUCAUUUAAUUAC